AUGGCUUCAACUUCUCUUAGCGACCAGUUAAAGAAAUUAAGUACACCUCAGACUUCAAUAUAUAAAGAUGAUAAGAAACGUGUAUCACUGUUAUUCGAUCCCAAGGAAGCGGCUUUAAAAGAUCGCGACACCUUCUACGAUAUAGGAGUUAGUGGUCUGAAUGAGCUUAUUUCAUUAUACGAAGGCUUCCGAGUGUAUGAAGACUCUCUAUUUAGUGUAACCUCUAAGGACUUUGAACGCGCCGUUCAAACAAAGGAAGUAAACGCAAAUUUAGACCAGACUAUAGAAAAGUUUCUUUUAGAACUAUCGCCAUACAUGCUACUGCAGUCCUCGCAUAAGGCUUUAGAAUGGUUAGUGAACAGAUAUUACAUUCACGAUUACAACCAGGAUGCUAUUAUAGCUCUCAUCUUACCGUACCAUGAAACAAAAAUAUUUAUUAGAUUCGUCCAAAUCAUGGAUACUUCCUCUAAAAGUUGGAAAUGGUUGGAGCCUGUUAAAGCCAAUGGUAUACCACUAACAAAGCUAGUAUUGCACAAGCAGUGUAUUUCCAAUACAUCAACAUUGCAUUUUAUAGCUAGAAGCACAUUGAAACAUGUCACACAGUUUGGUGAAAGGGCGAACCAGUUAAAUACAGUGAUUGCUUUUUUCUGCUCAACUGCAAUCGGUUGUAUGCACACAGUUACUUCUAUUUCAGAAGCUAUGAUAAAUGCUUUAUUACCUACAUUGAUCAGUGCUCUUGAUUCACAAAUAGCAGACUUCAGAGCCAGCUCUUAUAUUAUAUUUGGCUAUUUGAUGACAAAGGCUAAACUAAAGAUUAAAACAAUUAAUGAAAUCAUUGAAAAACUUUUUACUAGUGAGUUUGAGUUAACCCAAGACGUCGUCCUGCUUAUAAACCUUAUUUACACCAACCAAAAGCAUGUUACCCAGAUGUCUGAAUUUGUGAUAAGCAAUAUAACAACUGACUUGCUAGCAACAUUCUGUGAACAUCUUAAAGUUUUGAUAAAGGGCAAGAUUGAUGUUCUACCCUUUGUACUUGCGUUUCUGUCAGGAGUGUUGGCUCAAAUACAAGAAGGCACUGAGGAGUUUAUGAUGUUCUCAAAGCAUCCAAAUAUUUUGCUAGAUGAACUGGAUUUACGGAAGCAAAAACCUGAAAAAGUUAUACAAUGUGUCCUAAACAGUUGGAUGUCGCAAAAAACUGAAACAACACAGGAUGAUAGCAGCGAUCUUGAAAUAAUCAGUGACGAUCACGAUUUCCAGUGCAAGCUUCUUGAAUGGUAUUCCUUAUUCUUCAAAGAUAUCGAAAGCAAAUACCCUGACGCGUUCGAUAAGGUUGUCAAGAAAGAGAUGGCUUCAGAAAAUAAAGAACGUAAAGCGCGUUUUUCAAAAGUAUUAAGUUUCAACCCAGCCAUCGCCCACAAAAUUGGUGGGGCAUAUCUCUUUGAAAACCUCAACCACGCAAACCCCGAGGUACGACGUGGCGCCGUCACAUUUAUAGCAAAGGAGUUCGAGUCUUUCCAGAUUAAAAGCAAGGAAUUCGUUAAAGAGUCGAUUAUAAAUCGCUUUCACGAUGACGAUCCUGGUGUUGUUAAAGAAGUACUAUCUAUUGAUGCUGAUUUGAAUAAACUGCUCGACGAUAUGGAAAUCACUGAUGUAUUGACCCAUAUUUUGUCUCAAACAUCCAAAUCAUGGAAGUCUGUAGUUAAACUGGCUAUAGUAAAAAUAUGCAAUCUUAACAUUCUUCCAGUAAACACGGACACUGUUAUAGCGUUAAUACCAUUCUUAUUUCCUGCUAACCAAUCCAGUGCAACAAUUACUUGGAAUAUCAUAUCUUCACCUUGGGGCGCUAAAGCUGGCUUGAAAGACAAACUGCCAUAUAAUCAUGCCAUCGCUGAUAAUGCAGAAGUUCUCAGUCAAAUGAUGUUCAAAGCAUUAUUUGAAGAUCAAUCUGUGAACUUUAUGGAUAUUCUUGAUAUUACUAGGGUUAACAAAGAUAGGACAUUAGAUCUAGUGUUCUAUUUGUUAUUAAAAACUUGCAGCAUUCAGCAAGCGCCUAUCCAAGAUGUUGUAAGUAUCCUAGAUUUAUUACUAGAGAGUGUCAAUAACAGAACUAUCAUGUCCAGUGAAAUAAGUAACGUCUUCAAUAGUGAAACUAUUCGGGAACUUAUAAUGAUUGCUAGGCAUGACGAAAUACUGUUUGAAAUGUUGGAUUUCAUUUUCGACAAAAUUAUAAGAAAGUUGACACCCAGGGAUGCAACAAAACCAUGGUGCAACGUAUGCGUCAAUCCAAGCAACAUUCUAGUUAGGAGGCUUUUUGAACUUUUCGUGACGGGUUGUGGCAUACAAGGCUAUAGUGACACUUAUCAAAAAUUGCUCCAGAAGCUAUUUCGGCAGUUGUUCAAAACCGCAAAGGAGAAGUUUGAAUUUGUCGCCAACGUGGCUUGCGGGCAUGUCUUAUAUGCUGAGAAUCCCAAGAAUUUAGUUAGCCCCGUGCUUCAAUUGAGGUCAUUAAAACUGUUAAACAGCUUUAUAGUCGUACAAAAUAGUGAAACUUGGCUUUACGAUUCGGAUGUUCUCAUUGUAACAAUACUCUUUUGUUUGAAUCAUCCCAUCAAAAGUAUACGUGUAGCUGUCCUCGAGUUGGUGGAUAUGAUUUUGCAAGACGUAAAAGGCAAUACAAUUUAUGUUCACUUUCUAAAAGAGGUGAUGGAACACAAAGGGGAAAUGUUAAUGGAUCACGAACAAAUCGCCCAAAUUAUGAGGAAGAUACUCACUCAGCAGACGGUUGGGAAUAAAGUCUUUAAAAAGAACUGCAUGCUAAAGCUGACUGGAAUUUUAAUUGGCGAAACACCUGCUCAUAUAAAAUCAAACUUAGUGAGGCUACUGUCUGGUAUCAAUAACUCGAACAUGUUUUCCCAUAUCGCGCUGUCGCUUAGGACUUUAUUAAAUCCACUGAAAUCCAGUGGCAGAGUGGCGUUUGAUAUCUACGAAUCAAAUUUGUUUACCAAUGUCAUUAGUCAAAUAAAUGAGACGACAGUGACAGCUAUUGCUAGAGAGGAUGUAUGGAAAAUACUUGAAGCGUACCUCAAGGAAUACAGAGAAUGUAUUAUACAAGAGGACAUGACUUUCACUAGUCCCAGUAUUAUAAUAAUGAGAGAACUAAGUGAAAACGUUUACGCGAACGCUCCCGCAGAGAAAUGUAAAGACUUGAUUUAUCUCAUUACGUCAGCUGGAGCGUUUAGUAAUAAUCCGUCGAUUUCGAGUGCCGCUGCGAAAACUAUGAAGAAAAUUAAGAUAAAACUCUUAGACUUCAAAGCUAUACUGGAGAAGAUGAUAAAUGUCAAAGAUCCUGCUGAAAAUGUUGCUAAGAAGAAGAAAUCGAGUAUGUCCAUGAUAUCGUACCAAGUCGUCGAAACCGACGAGUGGCGUUUAGGGCUUACGUUACUGGAAUACGUACAAAAUAAGAAGAAAAUGGUUUUGGACAACACUUAUGUGACAACACUCUUUCAAUUGUUGAAUAAAUGUCUGAGGUUCGAGGAGCAAUCCUACGUGGAGUAUACGAAACAGUUAAUUUUGUCCUCACUAUGGUAUUACUGUAAGGCACACAUGGAUGGAAAAGAUGAAGAUCAAGUAAGGGAGCUGAAGAGCAUAUUCGAUGUCGAAUUAGUAGUCCAGUGCAUUAGAGGAACACAGAAUCCUCAAACUCACCAUCAUUCGUUGAUUCUGUUGUCGCAAGCGGCUCAAAUUCUACCAGAACAAGUCCUUCACCAUAUUAUGGAAAUAUUCACGUUUAUCGGCUCUUCCGUUCUGCGGCACGAUGACGCGUACAGUUUCCAGAUUAUCACAAAAAUCGUUGAGACGCUAAUACCGAUCCUUGUUAAGAUGAAUAAAAAUAUUAGCGAUUAUACCAAGAAGGAAUUAGAGCAGCUCCAUAAGCGUGUAGUGCCUGUGCUUAGAAUAUUUGCAGAUGUUGUUUUAGAUGUACCGGAGCACAGACGAUUGCCCCUAUACAAAAAGCUGAUAGAGACAUUAGGAGCCAAUGAGUUCUUAUGGGUAUUCUUAGCGCUGCUCCUGGAAACGCAUAUAGCUCAUUUUGGGGAUAAGAAAAAGAAAGAUAAUGCAUCAGCCAACCACAACGUAGCAGACAAGGAGGCGCCGAUAAAUCGGCUAGAUUUUGGACAAAGCAUCGUUUUAGAGUUUCCACCGGAGAUUGUUUUGGAGAACUUUAUCAAACUGACGAUGUAUAUGAAAUCUCUGCCGUUACUGAAGGAUGACGACACCAUGGACACGACGGUCGACCCAAGCGACAUAUUCAGCGUGAAUGGUCAUUCUGCUAUCCAACUGCGUCAUUACAAAUACGUCUUUGUGACUUUCCUGAAUAACUGCCUUUCUUUAGCAAGAUUCGUGGAGCAGUGCAGCCAAGCGACAGAUAUACCAACCAUGGAGUCACAUUACAAGUCCUUCGUAAUUAAUAUACUCACCUUCAUCCAGAGUAUAACGAAGAUAAAAGAUGAAAAAACAGCGAAAUAUUGGCGCGUAAUGUUGCAUCAUAGCUACGAUUUAUUAGACCACAUAAACAAUUUACUGUCGGCGCCGAUGUUCUUGUCUGUAGUGAGAGGACUAUUGUUACAUACGCUGCCGACAGUCCAAAGGAAAGCCAUGGAGUUACUGAACUUAAAGAUUCAGUGCAGUCCAGAGAUGUUUGACAACGUGGAUAAGACCCUAAUGUUUUCUUUAUUGCCGUCCUUACUGCGAAUCGUGAAGACCAUUGGAACAGGCGUGGAGAACGUUGACGAAGCAGACUUGAACCAGCAGACGGCGCUGUUAACCCUCAAACUAUUGACGCGGAUGUCAGCCCAAAAAGAUCCAGAAGAAUUCCAACAGGUUUUGGAGGUGGUCACAGAUUACACUUGCAGUGCUGACAUACCGCCUAACGUAAUGGCUUCCAUUGUGCUUUGUUUAGCGGAGCUCUGCGCCAACUUGAAGGCGUACUGCUUGAACUCUCUCCGUAAAUUCAUGCCGGCUCUGAUAAAAGUCCUUAAAAAGCAACGGGAAUCAGAAACACCAGAACUGGUGUUAUUAAGUACAGUGACAGCCAUUUCAAAAAUUGUUGAAAGUAUGCCACUGUUUUUAAGUCCGUAUUUAAAGAAGAUAAUUUACGAAUACUCGCUUCUGUUGGCAAAAUGGCUGGCACAUGACCAAGACAACAACAAGGUUUCCGCAAUUGUGACCAAGCUGCAAACGAUAAAGAAGAAGAUAGCCAGUUCUAUACCUCCAAGAGUUAUGAUACCAGUGGCAAACGAGACGCACGGAUUAAUUAUCAAGAAACAGAAGUACGAAGCUGUAGGGCCCGUGAUGGCGGUUUUAGCUGAUAGUUUCGCAAAUGUGACGACGGCCGAUUUCACAGCCCUGCAACAGGAUCUGACCUUGUUCUUUAUUACGGCGUUGCAGUUGCGAUGCGAUGCUGGGAAACACGAUGUUGACGAGAGUAUAAUUGAUAAUGCUGAGGACAAAGUGGUGAAAGCGCUGGUGUCCCUUGUUUUGAAACUGUCUGAGACGAGCUUCAGGCCAUUUUACUUUAAGAUUUACGAUUGGGCGAUACGAACUAACAUUGAAGGGCAGAAGGACAGAGCUAUCACAUUCUAUAGACUAAGCAGCGCAAUUGCGGACAAAUUAAAAGGACUGUUCGUGUUGUUCGUCGGACAUUUUAUCAAGAACGCCGCAGAUCUAUUGGACGCGUGCAAUAAUAGUAAAACGGAACAGCUAUAUUUUGAAUCUGAUAAUAAAUGCCUCGAUCUUAUCAAGUAUAUACUUAAGACGUUGCAUACUGUUUUCUUGUAUGAUAGCCAAAGUUUCAUCAAUAAGGGCCGGUUCGAAACUCUAAUGCAGCCAGUGGUAGAUCAAUUGGAGAAUACGUUAGGUGGAAUUUCCGACCUUCAGACGAGGGCGAAGAAGAUUAUAAUCCCGUGCAUAUCGCAGUUUGCUGUGACGAUUGGUGACGAUUCCUUGUGGAAGCUGCUGAACUACCAAGUUUUGUUGAAGACGAGACAUAAUGACGCCGAGAUAAGAUUGAUAGCCUUGGACUGCCUAGUAGAUAUGGCAACUCAGCUAGGCAGCAACUGGCUACCUCUACUGGCUGAAAGCGUACCAUUCCUCGCGGAGCUUUUGGAAGAUGGCGAUCAGAGAAUUGAGGUCGCCACUAAGAACGCGGUGCGGACACUAGAACAAAUAUUAGGAGAACCGCUCGAAAAAUAUUUCUAA